AUGUAUUGGUUUUUGAUGAUAGGAUUGUUUUUAUUAAUUAAUAAUUCAAUAGGAUGUAAAAGACCUUCAUUAUCACAAAUAACUGCUCAACCAGGUUUUUGUCUAGAAAAAUUUCUUGGUCAAUGGCACCAAAUAAAAUAUUACACAAGUGAAAAAAAUCAUAAUCCAUCUGAUUCAUGGGUUGAUUAUUCUCAAUUUUUUGCAUUAGACAAUUGUAUUAAUCGACAUGUUCUUGCUUUCGGUAGAGCACGAUUACCUAAUGGAAAGGAAUGUUUUUCAUUUGGUCCAUGGUCAAUUUUUGCAUAUGAUGGUGCAAAAAUGAUUGUUGAAACAGACGAUAUCAAUAAGAAUACAAAAGUUAAUUGGCCUUAUUUUAUAUCAAAAACCGAUUAUACUCAUUAUGCAUUAAUGUAUACAUGUUUAACAAAAGGUGCUACACGAUAUGAUCCAUGUACAGAAGAAGUAGUAGAACAAGAUGAAUCUUCAUCAAUUUAUAUGAAUUGUCUUGCUUGGAAUCCGAUGCGUACAAAUGAAUUUUGUCUUGAUUGUUCAAAUGAUUGUAUUCGUUUUUGUACAAUUAUUGAACAAACAAAUUAUACAAAUAUACAAUUAUAA